AUGUGGAAGUUUACUAACGUCUACGCCAUUUGCGGCUUUGCCGCCAUUGGUGGCGGACUCUUCGGCUUCGAUAUCAGCUCCAUGAGCGGUGUUCUCGGGACUCAGGCAUACAAGCGAUACUUCAAUGACCCCAAGGAAUAUGCCCAGGGUGGUAUUACCGCCGCCAUGCCCGCCGGCUCCCUCGUCGGCUCCCUCGUCUCCUCCUUCAUCGCCGACAAGUACUCCAGAAAGAUCGCGCUGCAAUUCUCCUGCUUACUCUGGAUCCUUGGCGCCAUUCUCCAGUGCGCUUCCGUCAACGUCGCCAUGCUCUGCGUCGGCCGUGUCAUUGCUGGAAUGUGCGUCGGUAUUGCCUCAUCCAUCGUGCCUGUAUAUCAGUCAGAGAUCGCUCCCAAGGAGAUUCGUGGUCGCGUCGUGAGUUUGCAACAAUGGGCCAUCACUUGGGGUAUCCUUAUUCAGUACUUCAUCCAAUACGGGGCUGCCUCGGGUAUUGGAGGAGGCCCCAAUGACCCAGAUCAGCCAACCGCAGCUUUUCGCAUUCCUUGGGGCGUGCAAAUGGUGCCUGCCAUCAUCCUGUUCUUUGGUCUCUUUUUCUGUCCCUACAGUCCUCGUUGGCUCGCCGCUCACGACCGCUGGGACGAGGCGAUCAAAGUCCUCGCGAGCCUCCACGGACACGGCGACGUGAACCACCCCAAGGUCCUUGCUCAGUAUCAAGAGAUUGAGGAGGCUCUCCGCUUCGAGCGCGAGGAAAAGAUCAACAGCUUCAAGGCGCUUGUAGCCCCCCGCAUGUACAAGCGUGUGCUCUUGGGCAUGAGCAUUCAGAUGUGGUCCCAAUUGAGCGGAAUGAACAUCAUGAUGUACUACAUCGUCUACAUCAUGCAAGGCGCCAACAUGGGUAACCCGCUCAUGACCGCCUCCAUCCAAUACGUCAUCAACGUCGCCCUCACCCUACCGGCCAUCCUCUUCAUGGACAGGAUUGGCCGUCGUCCCCUACUCGUUGGCGGAGCUUUCAUGAUGAUGACCUGGUUGUUCAUCUCCGGUGCCCUGCAGCAAUACUACGGCCAAGCCAACGUUGGCGACCUGGUCACUACCGAGAACGAGUCUGUAUCCUGGAUCAUUGUCGACAACCACUCCGUCUCAGCCGCCGUCGUCUCCUGCUCGUACCUCUUCGUUGCCACGUUCGCCACCACCUGGGGUCCCGUUUCAUGGACUUAUCCGGCCGAGAUUUUCCCCAGCAAGAUUCGCGCCAAGGCCGUCUCUCUUGCGACCUCCACUAACUGGUUCUGGAACAUGGUUUUGGCGUUCGCCGUGCCACCUCUGUUGUGGAACAUUAACUACAAGAUGUAUUACAUCUUCGCCACCUUCAACGCCUGUGCCUUCCUCCACACUGCCUUCUUCGCUCCCGAGACCAAGGGCUUCACCCUCGAGGAGAUGGACGACGUCUUCAACUCCGGCCUCCCCGCCUGGAAGACCCACAAGAAGAAGUCCCGCCUCGACGAGCUCGAGAACGAGAUCGCCACCGGAAACCUCAAGGUCGCCCGUCCCCACGGCGCCAUCGAGACAGAGGACGUCGCUCACGAGACCGAGAAGAAGGGUGCCGGCGCCGUUUAA